AUGAAAAAUUAUGUUAAAAAUUCAGAUAGAUCCUCAUGUGGAAAGCCUGGAUUUAUCGAUGUUGAAAAGGUGCUUGACUUGGAGCAGAAUAUAUUGAGACCAAAUAUUUUAGAGAGGAAAAACAGAGAAAAUGGUGAAGCUGGCCCCUUGGGCUGUACUACUGCACAUUGAUAGACACGGCGACGGGUCUCGAGGUCGAUUUUUGGAAAAAGUAGUUUUAAAAAACGAAGUUUGCAGCUCCCGCCGUUUGUGGAGGUACACUUAUAACUCGAAAGCAUAUAAUAACAGCAGCGCAUUGUUUCCGCAAAGAAACGACUGUGAGAGCAAAAAAAAGCUCUAGAGAAUGUUCAAGGUAAGUUGGAAGGAAUGAUGAAAUCUUUUCACCGUUAGUCCAUUAGCAAGAGGAGAUUUUCUUCGAAAUUCAAGCUAAUCCUUCUGAAACCAAACGCUUCUUAGAAAUGAUGAGUCCGCAAUGAUCACCAGGAGAUUGUUCAGAGAGGAAGGAAUGACGUCAGAAGAAGCUCUGAAAAGAACUAAAGCCAUCGUGGGAAGUACGUGCAGCGUUGUCGAUCCUGCAAUCAAUUGCUUCGAUGAAUUGAUUGGAGAGGAGAUAAAAGUCGUCCGGUAGGUCUUAUAUCAACCUUUUGAAGCAUCAAAAAGCUUCCAGAGUCCAAAUUGGAGACUUUUUCCGUAAAAAGUGCUCGCAAGGAAACGAUUACGCCCUUCUGGAGCUGGAAAGACCUGUUGACGAUAAGUUCCAAGCUCAUCACGUCUGUCUUCCCCAUAUCGAGAAUGUGCCGUUGGGUGAUCAGAAAAAGCUGACCGCUUUUGGAUGGGGAAGUGAUCGUAUGUUUUCCAGAAGAGAGUCCGAAAUAUAUUUGCGGAAAAUGGAGUAAACUAACAAAACGUUUAGCUUGGAAAUUACAGCCACAAAACCCGAAAAAGAUUAAAAAAUGUGUGCUCCAUUUCAUCACGCGUUUUUUCGAAACCUCAGGAUUUUGCAGCGCUUCAAGAAUACAACAGCAUUCCAACGCCUUUCCUUCAAAUAGUUGGCCUCGGUAAUUGUGAAAGACGAGAUUAUUGAUUUUGUCGAAACAGACAGAAUGGGAUCCGAGCAGUGUUUUGAAGAAGUUGGAGACGAAAUGACAAAAGACGCGCUUUGUACCGUCGAAUUGUCAAAGAAGAACGUUUGCUCGGUUCGUUAACACUUGAGUUCGUGCAGGAUAAAAAUUGACGAUAAAGUUGAUCAACUUUUGCCUUGGAUGAACUCUAACUCUACCCCUAUUUCAGGGUGACAGUGGGGGCGGAAUCACGUUCCAGAACAAAAGAAGACAUUAUUUGGCCGCCAUCAUUUCCUACGGCAGCGACUGCAACAGUUUAGUGCGUGGAACUCGGCCUAAAGCUCAGGUUAUCGUCAUAGGAAAUCCCUUUCGAAGUAUUCUUCAGAUCAACACGGACAUUUCCAAGUACAUUUCCCAGAUCGCCACGUUCAUUAAAUAA